AUGAGAUGUAAAGAUAGAAUUCUUACUUGCGUGCCGUACUCGGCGGAAGCAGCUCCAGAUUGGGCUUUUGAUGGAAGUUCUACGGGUAUGGCUUCUACUGAUAAUUCAGAUACUAAAUUAAAACCAGUAUGCGUGUGUAAAGAUCCAUUUAGAAUGGAACCACAUGUACUUGUAUUGUGUGAUGUCUAUGAAGGUGGUUCAAAUAAGCCUGCCAAAACGAACAAUAGACAUUUUUGUAAUGCACUUUGUGAAAAAUAUAGAGAUGAAGAACCUUGGUUUGGUUUGGAACAAGAAUACACAAUGUUAGACGUAGAUGGUUGGGGUUUGGGCUGGCCUAAGGGUGGUGGUUUUCCAGCAGUUAAAUACCAGUUCUCGUAUUGUGGAGUUGGAGCAAAAUACAUUGCAGGAAGAGACAUAUCCGAAGCUCACGCAAGAUGUUGUCUUUACUCUGGUCUUGAUUUCGAGGGAACCAAUGCUGAAGUCAUGCAUGCAUGUUGGGAAUGGCAGAUCGGUACAUCCGUUGGGAUGAAAGCCCCUGAUGACUUGUGGUUGUCCAGGUUUAUCAUGACUCGCGUAGCUGAAGAUUACGGUGUGGAUAUUACUUAUCAUCCAAAACCUAUGGGAAUGUUGCAUCCUGGUGUAGGAAUGCAUCAUAAUUUUAGCACAAAACGAAUGAGAUCUGAUGGUGGCUAUCAAUUCAUAGAGGAAUGUAUAAAAAGACUAGAAGCAAACCACAUGAAACACAUGAAAAAUUAUGGUAACGAUGAAGCAACAAACAGAAUGCGACUAUCCGGAAAGUUUGAAACCGCUCCUUUUGAGAAAUUUUCAUGGGGAAUAGCAAAUAGAAAAGCCUCUAUUCGCCUUCAAAGAAAUAUCAAGGAAAAAGGCAAAGGAUUUAUGGAAGAUCGAAGGCCAGCUGGCGAUUGUGAUCCUUACCUUGUUUGUGGUAUGUUAUUGGAAACUUGCUUGGGAGGAGCCUCAUCAUCGUCGUCGAAGAGCAAUCCAUGCAAGAAGUAA